UGCUGGUGUCUUGAAAAGUGAUUUUGUGCCUCUGGUCCUUCAGUUGACGGCUUUAUUAAUGGCUAUGUAAUGCAAUUGUUUCACUUACUAUAUCUGUACUUGGUGUUGUAGAGCGGACUGUUUAAAUAUGUUCCUUUUAUUACUUAAAAUAUAUUCAUACCAUCAAUCAAUCAAAUAAAAUCAGCGAAGAUUCGAUCUUUAGUCCCGAAAAUCUCAGCCGUCGAACAUCUUAAUCCAACGUCUACAAAAAUGCCUUCCUCCUCCUUUCCCUAAAUAUUCCACUCUACGCGGCCCUCGCUUCCUUCCACCCCCAGUUUCUGUUUCACCCUUUUUUCUUUCUAUUAUUUUUCCCUCCGAUAACCCAAAAAUUAAAAAAAAAAAGAAAAAGAAGCCCCAACAUAUUUAAAAAGAAAGAAACUGCGAAAAGAGAUGUUUGUAAAUUGGUUUCGUAUGCAACGUCAGAUCUGAUUUGCUUUAAAAGAUAAAUAGAGUAGAAAGAACUGGCGUUUGAAGAGGGCAUUUAAGUGCUACAGUUGCAGGUUGUCUUUCCUGAGAAUAAGUUGGGAUCCGGGAACUUCCCUUUCAGUCUGCCAAGGCUGUUUUCUAGGGCCCGCACCCUGGAUCUGCCCCUGCUUAGAUUCAAAGCUUUGGUUAAAGAUGGAUGGAAAUUUGAAGUGCUUCAAUUUAAGGUUCUGUCAGAUUCAUUAUGCGAAAUGGGUUUAGCGGAAGUUUUAAGCAUCUAUGACAUUUAUGAAAUUAUAGCAAAAGGUGUCUCAGUUGAAGAAUUAUACACCUUUGGCGUGUUCAGUUUAGAAUGGAAGGUGGAUUGUCUAGCUUCUGGGGUCCUGUCACAGCUGCUGAGUGGUGUGAGAAAAACUAUGUUUACUCAUCUUACAUUGCAGAGUUUUUCAACACAAUAUCCAAUGUCCCAUGUAUUCUUUUGGCACUCAUUGGCCUUAUAAAUGCGUUAAGACAACGAUUUGAGAAGAGAUUUAGUGUCCUUCACGUAUCUAACAUGAUACUUGCCAUUGGAAGCAUGCUAUACCAUUCCACACUGCAACAUAUGCAACAGCAAGGUGAUGAAACACCGAUGGUAUGGGAAAUGCUUCUAUACUUUUACAUCCUCUACUCACCAGAUUGGCACUAUCGAAGCACAAUGCCUACUUUCCUGUUCCUUUAUGGAGUUGGAUUUGCAAUAGUCCAUGCUCUCUUACGCUUUGGAAUUGGCUUCAAGGUGCAUUAUGUCAUUCUCUGCCUUCUCUGCAUCCCUCGCAUGUACAAAUACUACAUCUACACUGAAGAUGCCUCUGCAAAGCGACUAGCAAAGUUAUAUGUAGCAACAUUAUUCCUGGGGAGUAUUUGUUGGCUUGCCGACAGGUUGUUCUGCAAGGAGAUAUCUAGUUGGUACUUCAACCCUCAGGGUCAUGCGCUUUGGCAUGUCUUGAUGGGCUUCAAUUCAUAUUUCGCCAACACAUUUCUGAUGUUUUGUCGUGCUCAGCAGCGAGAAUGGGACCCAAAAGUUGUUCACUUCUUGGGAUUUUUCCCAUACGUUAAGAUUCAAAAACCAAAGAGCCAGUAAAAAACUUGCUCCCUAGUGAUUUUGGCAGGCCGGUAGCAGGCAUAGGAAUCACAAUUCAUUUUUUCCCUUUUUGUGUCUUUAAGAAAAGGAUGUAAAUGAUAAUUGAAUGUUGAUAGUAUUGUUGGGACUUUAUUUUCAGAGUAAUGCUAGUCUUUUCCAGGAAAAAAAUAAAAAAAAAAGAAAAAGAAAAAAAGAAUGGGAAGUAGUCUGUCCCAUAAUUUUACAUCUUAUUCUUCUGUCAGUUCUUCCAAUUCCCUCACCCUUUUGUAAAAUAAAGUGAACGAGGUCGGUUGGUCUUUUAAUUGUUCAUAUGCCAUGAGAUUCCAUGAUGUCGUUUGUUCCAGAAUUGUUGAUAUGCUAGAUUCGCUCUGUUUUGUCUUCCAACUCUCAACCCUGGAAUUUUCCUUUUGUACCAGUUUCAAAGCUUAAGAUCAAUAUGUUUUUUAGGCUUUAAACUAAAAAACACUAUUAGGGCUAUUGUAUGAGUUGAUGGUACAUGGGAGAUUCGAUUGAGAACCACGGUCUUUGUUAGUUUCUCCUGUGGAGAUCCCUUGGGGGCUACUGAUUUUCUUUAAGGCACUGUUCAGUAAUCAGGAGACACAGAAGACCAAAGAACGGAAUUAAUUGGACUUUCUUCUUCAUUGUCAGAGGGAACUUGGUUUUCAAGCUCUAUAAGAUCCAACUUGGAUAACAUUUUGUUUGCAAAACUCAAAAAGUUAAUCGACGGAAGCAUCAUCAUUUCUGCAAACUGUCAGGCAGGCUCGUAUUUAACAGGCCUUGUAUAGAAUCUUCAAGUCUCUUCCACAUUCCAUAACAUACUUGCCCAGAUUGAUUGUAUAUAAAGUUACAAUAUAUGUAUAUACAUAUAUAGAAAAGCUUAAAGUUGAGCAUAGCUGUAUCAAGCAUGUAUCCAACACUCAUCUCAAGUUCCAAAAGCAUAGCUUGAAAAAGGGUUAAAGCAACCAGCUUACAUUGUUAGCUCAGAAGGUUUAGAGACCAACAGUGUGGUCUGUUUGUAGAAGAAAAGAGUAGGAUAAAGGCAAUAAAGGCAAGAGUGAGAGACAAGCUGAUUCACUUGAACAGUUGAAUAGCAUUCAGCCAAUAAAGUAUAUAUAUGCAUGCUUGAAUAAUAGUCCAAAACUUACUAUAAAUCUUCAAUGAAGCUGUUACCAACAAACCACAUUGAUGCAGGGUUUUAACAGAGAUAAACAAACAGUACACAAACAUUUCCAUUAGUCACUAGAUUCACGUAAAAUCCUUAUUUUAUGUUCUUCGAAUUUAAAGGAAAAAUCAGUUAAAAAACAAUGGCACUAAAGAUCUUACUCUCCAAUUCCUGUUCUUCAAUCCACAUGGAACUUCUUCUACGCACUAGAUCUUUCGCCUCUUUCUUCUUAUUCUCAUGUAGCGUUUGUUUCAUUCUCCAA